AUGCAGCCUCGGGAUAAAUAUAUCUCGAAGCUUGCUGGAGCAAAUGUCCUGAUUAUUGGUGGCACUGCUGGUGUUGGUUACGCCGUCGCCGAAGCCGUGGUUAAACAUAGCGCUGCUUCAGUCAUUCUUUCGAGUUUCAACCUUGACCGUGUUUCUGCCUCCACGUCACGCCUUCGCGAAUCAUAUCUAUCGACUGCUUGCCAAAUCACCGGCUUCGCGUGCGACUUGAAGCAAGAGAGCCUACUUGAAUCCAGCAUCGAGGGUCUUUUCAAUGCCGCCACGUUGGAGGGGACACGGCAGUUAAACCACGUCAUUUUUACUGCUGGCGUUCAUCCGAACCCGAAGCCUUUUUCACAAAUCGACUUUAACUUCAUCAAACUGGCCUAG